AUGGUUUUAAUUAGAGAAUACAGAAUUCCAUUACCAAUCACUGUCGAUGAAUAUAAAAUUGCACAACUUUAUAUGGUUGCCAAAGUCAGUAAAAAUCAUACAGCAAAUGGUGAAGGUGUAGAAAUUAUAGAUAAUAAACCAUAUUCCGAUGGUGCACUUAAUGGCCAAUUUACACAUAAAAUUUUUCAUCUUGGUAACAAGCUACCAACUUGGUUAAGAUCAUUUGCACCAACAUCACUCCAAAUCGAAGAAAAAGCAUGGAAUGCUUACCCUUAUUGUAAAACUACAUACCAAUGUCCUUUAUUAGGUGAUAGAUUUUCAAUCUCAAUUGAAACUAGAUAUGCCCCAGAUUCAGGUACCCAAGAUAAUUGUUUAAAUUUAAAUUCAGAAGAACUUUCACAAAGAGAAGUCGAUUUUAUAGAUAUAGCAUAUGAUCCAAUUGAUGAAGCAAGAUAUAAAACUGAAGAGGAUCCAGUUGUUUUUAAAUCAUCUAAAACUGGCAGAGGAAGAUUGCAAAGAGACUGGAUAGGCUCAACAAAGCCUAUUAUGUGUAGUUAUAAAGUUUGUAAAGUCGAAUUUAGAUAUUGGGGUAUUCAAAACAAAGUUGAAAAUUUUAUUCAAAGAAGCGCAAUAAGAGAUAUUCUUUUUAUGGGACAUAGACAGGUAUUUUGUUGGAUGGAUGAAUGGUUUGGGAUGGACAUGACUCAAAUUAGAAAAAUGGAGGAAAGCGUCAAACAAGAGUUAAAUCAAUUAAUUCAUAAUAAACAACAACAACAAGCAGCACAGGCAGCACAACAAAAAAUUUAUACUCCCCAUUUUACCGAUUCAUUACAAUAA